AUGGACAUGACGAACCCGGGGCGGUGGUACCCCACCGCGCGGACGAUCAAACGCAACGUGCACCUCCACGUCGGUCCGACGAACAGCGGGAAGACGUGGAACGCGCUGCAGAGGCUGAAGGAGGCGGAGAGCGGCGUGUACUGCUCGCCGUUGCGUUUGCUCGCGUGGGAAGUCGCGGAGGGUCUGAACAAAAAAGACAACCUCCCGUGCGACCUCGUGACCGGGCAGGAGAAGUCGAGGGCGCAGAACGCGCGGCACGUCGCGUGCACGGUCGAGAUGGCGGACGUGCACAAGAUGCGCGAGAUUGGCGUCAUCGACGAAGGGCACUUGAUGGGCGAUGCUCACCGCGGGUACGCGUUCACGAGGGCGCUCAUCGGGUUACCCGUGAAGGAGCUGCACGUCUGCGGCGACCCCGCGAUGGUGCCGCUCGUGGAGAAAAUCGUCGCCGAGCUCGGUGACACGCUCACGAUCAACCGUUACGAUCGGCUUCAAGAGCUGAACGUGAUAGAGACGCCGUUGAAGAGCUUGAAGGACGUCGAAGCCGGGGACUGCUUGGUCGCGUUUUCGCGCAAAGCCGUGCAUCAGUUGAAGGAUCAGGUUGAACGCGAAGCGGGGAAACGCGCGUGCAUCAUCUACGGCUCGCUCCCGCCCGAGGCGCGCUCGAAGCAAGCGGAACUCUUCAACAACCGCGAGGAGAGCGGGUACGACGUGUUGAUCGCCUCGGACGCGAUCGGGAUGGGUCUGAACCUGAGCAUCCGACGCGUGAUCUUCGCGUCGAUGCGGAAAUUCGACGGCGAAUUCUUACGCAACCUCGAGCCGCCGGAGGUGAAGCAGAUCGCGGGCAGGGCGGGCAGGUACGGCAAGGGCAGCACCGAAGGCGGCGCGACGACGAUGAGCGCGGACACGCUGCCGUUGAUGAAAGCCGCGCUGGCGGCGCCCGUCGUGGACUUGACGCGCUGCUCCAUCGCGCCGACGCUGGAUCAGAUCGCGUUGUAUUGCGAGGCGAAGCCGGACGCCGGCUUGGUCGCCGCGCUGUCCGCGUUCACGAGCGACGCGAAGACGUCGCCGCAUUAUUUCAUGAACGCCGCGGAGCAGAUGACCGACGCCGCGAAGCUCGUCGCGCACUUGCCGCUGUCCUUGGAAGACCACUGGAUGUUCGCGGUCGCGCCCGUGAGCGUGGCGGAUCCGUCGUCCCCGAGCGCGAGGGCCCUCGUGACUUUCGCCGAGGCGUUCGUCAAACGCGGUCGCGUGUCCGUUCGGAUCAUCGACUCGCCGCCCAUGCGCGCGCCCGCGACGCUCGCGGAACUCGACGUGCACGAGCAGUCGCACGCGGCGUACGAUUUAUACCUCUGGUUUUCGUUGCGGUGCCCCGAGGUGUUCCCGGAGCGCGACCUCGCGCAGGCGAUGCGGCAGAUGUGCGCU